AUGAGGAACUGGGCCCUCCUGUCUACAGCCAAUGGAGAGGUGAGGCCUUCUGGCAACAGCUGUGUGAGGAGGAGGGAUAAGGAACCCUCUCUCUUCAAUGGGAAUAUAAAUGAGCGGCUUACUACUGGUGAUGAAGAAGGAUUUCAAGAAGCAGUUAGGACAGAUACUCAAGAUAAAAAUGUGCCAUGUACGCAGCUUCUGCACUUUCUCCAGAGGAACAUCAUCCUUGCCGCUGCCUCGGUGGCGGGAAUCCUCGUGGUCACAACGUUGUUCCUGCUGGCAUUGACCACGUGCAUCAGGAGGAAACGGCCAUUACAUCCUCCAGCAAACACGACGUAUAAUGUUUUUAUUAUGAGUGGGAAGUCUUGGUGGCAAAAGUAUCAAGAAAAGAAUCUCAGAAAACACAGCGAUAAACAGAAACAGUUGUUGAAGAGCAAGUCCCUUAUCUAAGCCAGGUGGUGUGGCCAGGCAACGCAGGACUGGAAGCUGUGGUGCCAAGCAAUUCUCCAUCCAGACACUGUGGAGAGGCAUUUGGAUUUCUGGCUGUGAGGUGUGCUCUACAAAAUGUUUACCUUCUCAGUGCGAUCUUGAAUGGACCAAGCAACAAACGUUUUACCGCAGGAUGCUUGUAGUGUGGUGCGGCACUCA